AUGUUUCCUCAAGUGUAUCCGCCAAGACCAAAUAUUUCCCCUGCCUUGUUGCUUUAUAACUGUUUUGACGAUGAUGGGUCCAUCUUCAGUUUUGUAGAUCCAAUGCAUAACGAGAAGUACUCCAUGAAAAAGGAUCUUAGUUCUGAACAUUUGCUUCUGGCGGGUGCUACAAUCCGUUUCUCUAAGUAUGGCUGGCUCUUACUAAUUUCGAAAGACAUGAAAACUCCAUUCUUCUACAAUCCCUUGACGAAGGUGAUCAUCCGGCUUCCUAAUUUUCCAGAUGUAGGCCACAUGUUAUACUUAAGUGGCAUGUCAUUCUCGUCUUCACCUACUAGUCCAGAUUGUGCAAUUUUUGCAAUCCAACCUAUGAAACGCAACGCAAUCUCAAUCUAUGCAAUUAAAAGAGGAAGUUGUGCAUAUUGGAGAUAUCGUGUACUUCGAAACUUAGAUGGCUCUUUUGUGCCAUGUUUCAACAAUCCUGUUUUCUUCCGCAUGGAGUUCUUCUGCUUAGAUUAUUCGGGAACAUUAGGACGGUGUGUUAUAGAUGAUGAAGACAGCAACAACGGACUGCAUUGGGGAGUUUCCAGUAAGCCUUUAAAACAGUUUAACGAUGCAUUUCCAAGUUACUUGGUAGAGUGUGACGGGAAUCUUUUACUAGUGAAUGUUGGGCCUGUCGGAGAAACGGUCGGGGUAUUUAAUUUAGACUGGACCAAUAAGGUUUGGGCUAAAAUUGAAAGUUUGGGAAGACAUAUGUUGUUCAUCAGUAUGUAUAACUACUCUAUCAAUGAGAUUCAUGCACAACAAAAGAGUAUUGAUGAUCCUGCUGCUCCUGCAUCUGCUACCAACUUCUACGAUACAAAGGAGAUGUGCAACUGCACUUGGAUUGAACCCGACUGGUCACAAGGAAAUUCACCUACAGAUGAUCCAGAUCACCUUUGGUUGGCUUAG